AUGCAGUCGGAGACGAUGUCGAUGAGACUCGCAAUGAAGCGGUCUUUGUCAGGGCCGGCGGACUCGGGCGACGACGCGGCGGAAGGAUCUGCGGCAGCCGUAGCUUCCCCCGCAGCGCCGGUGGCCAAGAAGAAGAAGAGCAGCACCCCAAAGGCUAAAACGCCCCAGAAAUCAAAGAGUAAGACCCCACGCAAGAAGAAAGCUGCUAGCGGGGGCAAGACCGGGACUUCGAAACGCCGUAAGGGUAACUCGGACGGGGUCGGCGAGGGAGGGUCGGGUGAAGCGGGGUCCGGGAUCAGCGACGACGAUUCCGACGACGACGAGCCUCCGGCGGCGGCGGCCGCGCGGAAGGCGGCGAGGGGGAAGCAGCAGCAGCAGCGUCGGGUCAACGCCGCCGUGGAGGAACUUGUGUGA